AUGGCGAAAAUUCUGAGCCCCUCCACCACUUCGAGGGAAAUGGAUUUGAGUGCGUUUAGUGUACCUCAAGACUCGCACUUCGGAGAAGCGCUGGGCCGACAGACGCAACGCUGCAUCCAUAUGUGUACGUCCCAGCCGCCUCCCGUGCACUCAUUCCCCCCGUGCGCACUCGCUCCCUCCGCGCGCACUCGCUCCCCCAGCGCUCAUUCGCUCCCCCCGCGCUCACUCGCUCCCCUACGCUCACUCGCUCCCCCUGCACGCACUCGCUCCCACAGCGGUCACUCGCUCCUUCCGCGCGCACUCGCUCCCCUAGCGCGCAUCCGCUGCACCCGCGCGCACUUGAUCCCCUCGCGCUCGCUCGCUCCCGCGCGCACUAGCUCCCUCCGUGCGCACUCGUUCCCCCAGCACGCAUUCGCUCCCCUCGCGCUCACUCGCUCCCUCCGCGCGCACUCGCUCCCCCAGCGCGCAUUCGCUUCCCCCGCGCGCACUCGCUCUCCUCGCGCUCACUUGCUCCCCCUGCGCGCACUCGCUCCCCCCGCACGCACUCGCUCCCCCAGCGCGCAUUCGCUGCCCCCGCACGCACUUGAUCCCCCCGCGCUCACUCGCUCCCCUAGCGCGCACUCGCUCCCUCCGCGCUCGCUCCAACAGCUCGCAUUCGCCCCCCUCGCGCGUACUCGCUCCCUCUGCGCGCACUCGCUUCCCCCAGCGCGCAUUCGCUCCCCCCGCGCUCACUCGCUCCCCCCCCGCUCACUCGCUCCCCCCCCCGCGCACUCGCUCCCCCAGCACGCAUUCGCUCCCUCCGCGCUCACUCGCUCCCCCCGCGCUCACUCGCUCACCCUCUCCCAAACGCUUAGGUCUCCUCCAUGCAUCCCCUCCUUUUCCUCCAUGCAUCCCCUCCUUAACCCCCCUGCAUUCCUUGCUUUCCGCCCCUAUGUCACCUCCUUUCCGCCCCUGCAUCCCCUCCUUCCCCCUCCCUGUUUCCCCUCCUUUCCCUCCCUGCAUCCCCCCCUUUCCCCCCCUGAACUGCAUCCCCUCCUUUCCCUCCUUGUUUCCCUUCCUAUCCCUCCGUGCAUCCCCCCCUUUCCCCCCCUGCACUGCAUCCCCUUCUUUCCCCCCCUGAAUCCCCUCCUUUUCCUCCCUGUUUCCCCCCCUUACCUUCAUUCACCUCUCUGCUUGCCCCUUUUCCUCUCCAUCCCCUCUCCUUCCUUCACUCUCCUCCCGGGUCCAAUCUCAUCCCUCCCUCGUCCAAUCUCCUCCCUUCCCUCUCCACCCCCGUCCAAUCUCCUCCCUUCCAUCUCCUCUCUCGUCCAAUCUUCUUCUAGCCCCCUUGGUGAAGGCACUGGCAGGGCGUGUGGCGCGGCGAGUGUGGGCGGUGGUAGUGCUGCCCACCAGAGACCUGGCUGCUCAGGUGAAGCACGUGUUUGA